UGAAUCACCCACAAGUUUGUUUUUUUUCCGGAACUCGAUGGGAGUAGUUUUUGAUCAAUUUUGACGGUGAUUUCCUGGACAUAGAGAUGGGAGACGGCAUUCAAGUGAUCACGGGGGAUUUUGUGAAGGUUAAUGUGACAAAUUCCAAAACAGAUGCAGUUGUAUUUGAGCGGAAAUUCCCCAAAAACAUCACAAUUUUGGAUUUUAAGAAUAAAUUGGAGGUGGUUACUGGAGGAUGUGCUGCCACAAUGCGACUAGAGCUGUACAAUGGGGAUAAAUUGGUGGAGAAGCUGGACAGGAAUGAGGCAUUGUUGGGAUUUUAUCCAAUUGAAGAUGGAAUGAGGAUUCAUGUGAUAGAUGACUUCCUUCUGGUGGAUGCGGAAGUGGAGAAGUUCAAUUUGACGGAUCAGCAGUACAGUGAAAGAACAGACACCGUCCGGAGUUUCUUGAAGUCCAAUAAACUCGGGAAGUACGAUGAGGAGGAGAUGAAGCGUUUGGAGGAGAAGAAACGCGAAGCUGCUGCCCGCGAGGAUCGUCUAGCCAGGGAGAUUAUGGUUGGGGCAAGGUGUCAGGUAACCGUUUCCGGACAGCCACGUCGCCUGGGGACUGUGAUGUUCAACGGAGAGAUUGAGGGGAAGAAUAAAAUCAUGAUUGGCGUAAAAUUCGAUGAACCUCUGGGAGUCAAUGAUGGAACGGUCAAUGGGAAGAGAUACUUUGAGUGCCAGCCAAAAUACGGGAGCUUUGUCCCUCCAUCAGCAGUCGUUGUUGGAGAUUUCCCCCCAGAAGCUGAUGAUCUCGAUGAAAUUUAAUUUUCCGCCCCUCCUGGAGCUUUUCCUCCUUCGCAGUUUCCAGUGAAUGCAACUUUUCUACUCGCAUUAAUAACACACGUAAGGAAAAAGUUCAAUGAAAACCCCGGAAAAGCCCAGAAAAUAAUUUAUUUUUUUCAAUUUUCCAGCCGUGAUGCAUCUGAAAGACUUUAUUUUCUUCAUUUCCCACGAAGAAUUUGAGCAAAAAAAACACAUUUUGGCACUUUUUAAAUAAUUUUAAUAAAAAAUUAAAAGCUUUUUGUAAUCAAAAA